CAAGAACGCGAAUAUUACAAGGUUUAACUCAAAUAACUAUGGCGUUUAACAAUAAAACGGCCGAAGAGCUCGGCGUUCGUCAUUCGGCGUGCAUGAUGCGCACGAGUUCGGUCAGCACGGCAGCCGCCGACGGCCGCGCAGAUGGAUCAACUGACCAGCAAGCAUGGAGAAGCUCGCAAAGGGCUUCUGUCUUUUGUAAGUCAAACGGAACGACUUGUGGAUGCGUCGCGAGGUACACGUCGCCGCGAACCCACCCAAGGUCAUGGUACGUUGCUUCAAAGGGCAUGCGUCCGCUGAGGAGCUGGCCGAUGAUGACGCCCAGGGCAUAGACGUCCCCAGCUGCCGUGGACGUCUUCGCCUCGUGACGCGAUUCGGGGGCUACAUAAGGCAUUCGCAUGCUUCCAACGUGGUGGGGACAGAGCGGCACUUCGACGAACGCUUGGUCCAUCAUUGCAAGCAGGUUCAACUUGGCGACGAGUGUUCCUUGUUCUGCUUCUUCUUGUAGAAGGAUCUUUUCCGGGUGCAACAUGCCGUACACGCAGCCGAUUGCAUGGAGGUGAGCGAGGGCGGCGGCAACGUCUGCGCACAAUCGCAAUCGUUGAACUCGCACGUCGGGGGCAGGAACAGAGAGGACGGCGUAGUGGCCGAGACUUCCUUUGUUCAAAAAUUCGGUCGCAACGGCGAACUGUCGGGUUGCAUGGAUCCGAGCGACGCCUGUGAUACGCGUCAAGUUUUUGUGCGCAGAAAGUGCCAGAACGAGUUGGACGGCGCGACCAAAGAGGAACAAGUUGGUCGCAUUCGAUGUGGUGUAAUCGAUGCCCUUGAGCACGUGCUUUGUUCCAUGGACUGUCGCAGCAACGAGUCCGUGGCUGGAGCCCUUGACUGGCACCAGGCGGACGCUAGCCAUCGGCAGCCAGAGCGAUCGAAAGGCAUCGACCGAGUCCAGGUAUUCGAGGAAGGUCGGGCUUGUGGGAGAAUGCGGCUGCUCGUGCAAAGGGGCCGCGGGAGGAAGCUGUCGUUUGGGGGACAUGGUCAUGUAAGCCGCUCCUUCGUCGUCGUCCAAGCUGUUGAGCGCAUUGUCGUGAAGUACCCCUUUCGACAAAUGAAGUCGACGGCGGCGGUGGUGAACGAUGAAAAACGAUACGAGAGCAAUGGCUAGCACACUGCCCAAGAUGCUGAGCAAUGACUUUGUCGUCGCUGAGAUCGACGUAGUGGUGCCUGUUGUAGGGGAUGGCGCAGUCGUCGUGAUUCGUGGAGUGUUGAUGGAUGCUUCCGUUGUUGACGGCGCGAUUGUCGAGGGAGGGAAAGUAAUAACCGAUUCAUCGACGCAAGGAAGCACUUGAAUGGGCUCCGACGUGUUUUGCGUUGCAGAGCAUGAUGCAAACGUCAUGGAUCUAGUCGUGUUGGGGAGCGUCGAAGGCUGGGGACCUGUCGUUGCAAGGGCACAUGCGGUCGCAUUCGCAGGACAGAUUGCGUAGAACGAAGCGCAUUGCGAUGUAUUCGCCCAACUCACGCUGAUGGACGAGCACAGAUUCGGAUUGGCG